AUGACAAAAACAGUGGAAGCCGUCACUAAUUUGAAAAAGAAAGGUCACAGGAUCGUAAUUGUGUCCAGUGGUGGUAUUGCUAUGGGACUUAACGUUAUGAAUUUAGAUAAAAGACCACAAUCUGUCUCUGAAGUGCAAGCUAUUGCAGCAAUUGGCCAAAGCAAACUAAUCGGUAGAUGGGACCUUCUAUUUCAAGAAUAUAACCAAGAAAUUGCACAGAUUCUUCUGACCAGAAAUGAUAUUUUGGAUUGGAAGCAGUUUAAAAAUGCAAGAAACACCAUUAUUGAAUUGUUGGAUAUGGGCAUAACACCAAUAGUUAAUGAAAAUGAUACCUUAUCUAUAAGCGAAAUUGAAUUUGGUGAUAAUGACACUUUAAGUGGUGUCACAGCAGCUUUAAUUCAAGCAGAUUUCUUAUUUCUUUUAACUGAUGUGGACUGUCUGUAUUCAAAUGAUCCAAGGAUUGAUCCCUUGGCGAAACCUAUUUUAACUAUACGUAAUUUACAUUUAAACAAUGGUGAAAAUGAAAAUCCUUUAAAUGGUAUUAAUAUCUCAAAUGGAUCUGGUACCAAUAUUGGUACAGGUGGGAUGAAGACAAAAAUUGUUGCUGCAGAUCUAGCUACAAAUUCAGGUGUACACACAAUUAUCCUAAAUAGUGAAUCACCUGAAAAGAUUAAUAAUAUUCUUUCAUAUAUGUUAAAUACUGAUUUUUCUAUCAAUAUUGAUAAUGAAGUGGAACUGGAAAGAAUGAAUGAAUUAAAUAUUCCAUUACACACUAAGUUUUUGGCCAAUGACCCUGAUAAAAGAUUGGAGUCCAGACAAUUUUGGAUCUUACAUGGUCUUGUUACUAAGGGAUCUAUUAUUAUUGAUGAAAAGACAUAUAGACAAUUAAACAUGGUUGCUCAAAACCGUUAUAAACAGCAACAGAAUAACAAUCAUAACUAUAAUAACACCCAUGAUCACCCCUGUAAUAAAAAUGAAGGAAUGAUCCAGAUUAGUAACCCCUUGCUCGAUGGAGAAGAGGGGAAUAGAAAUGAUGGUAAAUAUACACACAACAAUGAUGAAAAGAAGAAUAGUUAUGGGAGAAUUUCUGAAGAUACUAGCAGUAAAGAUAUUAAUGUUGUUUCUGGUGGGUUAGAUGUUCAUGGUAUAAUUGGUGUAGAAGACAGAUUCCAUGAAAUGGAAUGUGUUAAUGUCAAGAUUGGUAAAACGUUAGCCAAUGGUGAACUAGAUCCGAAUUAUCCUUUGAAAACUGUAGGGAGAGCUAUGGUAAAUUAUACAAGUGAUGAAAUAAAAAAGAUUAAAGGAUUAACAGAAGAUAAAGAAAUCGAGAAUAUACUUUGUGGCAGUAAUAACAUCAGUUCAUCUUUAACGAAAAAGCUUAAGCAUAAUUAUAACAAUUAUAGUCGUGAUCAUGGAAAUGAUUAUGGAGACAAUUAUAUAACGUUUAGUCAAAAUAAUAGUAUUCCAUCCACCAAUUCAAAUCCAAGUGUUCGUAGUAAUACAUCUGCGAUUUCAGUUGUAGCAAGUAGAGAAAACUUGGCAUUAACACCAUUUUAG